AUGUGGAGGAAUGCACUCAUGGACAAUGUGGAGACCUCGAGGGGUGUGGGGCCAGCAGGGAAGUGCUGCAGCACUAAGAGGUGGCAUGUGGCUGCGAUGGCAUCAGGUCUUCAUUUCAUUGGGCUCCUCUGUUUGACCAGUGGGCUGUGGAUUGGAGCAAAUGGGCAAAGUGGACAAGGUGAUUGCCCUGCGACCUGCCCUCCUGGUUGGACUCAGUUUGGCCGUCGCUGUUUCCUGUUCCAGUUCACUGAUGUGGACUGGGCUACUGCAGAGCGUUUCUGCACCUCUAUUGGUGGGAAUCUGGCCUCCAUUCAAGCCCCAGAGGAGUACGCCUUCAUCAGAGAUCUGAUUUUCAGAUCGACUAACACACAUAAACCAACUUGGGUCGGAGGCUACGAUGCAGUGAAGGAGGGUGUGUGGCUGUGGAGUGAUGGUUCCAAGUGGGACUUCAAAGCCUGGGCUGCAGGGGAACCCAACAACAUUGGAGGCCGGGAGAGGCAUUUCCUCCCCCCCUCUCUGUUCUAA